UCUCAUCCCCAUUUCAAAACCACUCCUCUCUAUUCAAACUCAAUCACCAAAAUCUCAGUUCCCUUCAAUGGCUUCUCAAUUCCAACGUUGCUUCUCUGGUCCCGCUCUCCGCUCUUACGCCGCCGAGUUCAUCUCCACCUUCCUCUUCGUCUUCGCCGCCGUUGGCUCCACCAUCUCGGCUCGAAUGCUGACCCCGGACGUCACGUCAGAGGCAUCGUCUCUGGUGGCGACGGCGUUGGCGCAGGGCUUCGCGCUUUUUGCUACGGUUUAUAUUGCGGCUGACGUUUCCGGCGGCCAUGUCAACCCUGCGGUCACGUUUGCGAUGACGGUUUGUGGGCAUAUUGGCGUCCCGAGUGCUAUUUUCUACUGUAUUUCUCAGAUGGUGGGGGCCACCCUCGCCUGCCUUCUCCUCCGUGUGGGGUCCGCUGGCCAGGCGAUUCCAAUAACCCGCAUCGCGACGGAAAUGACGGGGUUCGGAGGGGCAGUUAUGGAAGUCGUGUUGACAUUCGCACUAGUCUACACCGUCUACGUGGCAAUGGACCCCAGAGUGGUCGACAGCAACAACAAGAGGGGCCACUCCGGAUCGUGUGGGCCGCCGCUCGCCAUUGGGCUCGUGGCUUGGGGCGUGCGUCCUCACGCGGGCUCGCUAACGGGCGCGUCCAUGAACCCGCGCCGGUCUUCGCGCGCCCGCCGUGAUUAGUGGGAUUUCAAGAACCAGGGCGUCUAUUGGGUGGGCCCACUCAUAGGGGCGAUGUUGGCCGCUUUCGUGCACCAGUAUUUGGUGUAUCCGUCGGCGGCGCUUAACAUCGGAGACGCUAUCGACGUGUAGUAAACAGUUAUUGUUUGUACGGUACUGUUGUUUAUUUGGUUUCAGUUUAUGAUUGCAAUUGUAUCUAGUUUUAGUUUAUGUGUGCCAUUGGUUUUGAAUCUAGUUGGAUGUAAUAAUUUGUUGUUAUUAUAAUAACUAAA